UCGAACGAUUAAACCAAUUGGCCAACAGUCAACGAAAUACUAUCAAAAUGAAACUGCUGCAUUUGUUGCUCAGCCUGUGCCUGGCAAUCCUGCUGUGCACUGCGCCACUGAUCCAAGCCCAAACGGCGCCAACAGUUCAGGCUGCCCCACCAACACCACCCAAUGGCCCAGGUGGCUCAGAUGGCUCACCACCACCACCACCCACUAUGGACACCACAGUAUUUUUACCCGACAUUUCAACUACCGUCGAUGGCUAUGCUGGAUAAGCCGAAUCGCAUCAAUUUUCAUAUCGAUAUUGAGUUUGCAUCGCGUGGC